CUAAGCUCUUGCCGUAGCGGCCGCCGCCCAUCCCUCUUUGUGUGCUUCGGGAAGCCACUAGUGGCGGCGAGUGUCGGCACUGGGGGGCGAAAGGCGAGGGACGUUCCCGGCAGGUUGCUGGCGGGUGAACUUUUCUCCCAUCCCGCCGCCGGACAGGUCACAAACAUGUCGGACAAAAGUGAAUUAAAGGCAGAGUUGGAACGGAAGAAGCAGCGGUUGGCCCAAAUCAGGGAAGAAAAGAAGAGGAAAGAAGAAGAAAGGAAAAAAAAGGAAACUGACCAGAAAAAAGAAGCAACGGCUCCUGUGCAAGAAGAAUCAGAUCUUGAGAAAAAAAGAAGAGAAGCUGAAGCCUUGCUUCAGAGCAUGGGGCUGACUCCAGAAUCCCCCAUUGUUUUUUCUGAAUACUGGGUCCCUCCUCCUAUGUCUCCAUCCUCCAAAUCUGUGAGCACGCCAAGUGAAGCUGGAAGCCAAGACUCUGGAGAUGGUGCAGUGGGAUCCAGGACGCUGCAUUGGGAUACAGAUCCAUCAGUUCUUCAGCUUCACUCAGAUUCCGAUUUGGGAAGAGGACCUAUUAAACUUGGAAUGGCUAAAGUUACACAAGUUGACUUUCCUCCCCGAGAAAUUGUAACAUAUACAAAGGAAACUCAAACUCCAGUUAUGGCUCAACCCAAAGAAGAUGAAGAGGAAGAAGAUGAUGUUGUAACUCCUAAACCACCUAUUGAACCCGAAGAAGAGAAAACUUUGCAGAAAGAUGAAGAAAAUGAUGCGACCCCUCAUGAGCUGACUGAAGAAGAGAAGCAGCAAAUCUUGCACUGUGAGGAGUUUUUAAGUUUCUUUGACCAUACUACAAGAAUUGUAGAAAGAGCUCUUUCUGAGCAGAUUAACAUCUUCUUUGACUACAGUGGAAGAGAUCUGGAAGACAAAGAAGGAGAGAUCCAAGCAGGUGCUAAACUAUCAUUAAAUCGACAGUUUUUUGAUGAACGUUGGUCAAAACAUCGUGUUGUUAGUUGUUUGGAUUGGUCAUCUCAGUAUCCAGAGUUACUUGUGGCCUCCUAUAAUAACAACGAAGAUGCACCUCAUGAGCCUGACGGUGUGGCCCUUGUUUGGAAUAUGAAGUACAAAAAAACUACUCCUGAGUAUGUGUUUCACUGCCAGUCAGCUGUGAUGUCUGCUACAUUUGCAAAAUUUCAUCCAAAUCUGGUCGUUGGUGGUACAUAUUCGGGCCAAAUUGUGCUGUGGGAUAACCGUAGCAAUAAAAGAACUCCAGUGCAAAGAACUCCAUUGUCAGCUGCUGCACAUACACAUCCUGUAUAUUGUGUAAAUGUGGUUGGAACACAAAAUGCUCACAAUCUGAUUAGCAUCUCUACUGAUGGAAAAAUUUGUUCAUGGAGUCUGGACAUGCUUUCCCAUCCACAGGAUAGUAUGGAACUGGUUCAUAAACAGUCAAAGGCAGUAGCUGUAACAUCCAUGUCCUUCCCUGUUGGAGAUGUCAACAACUUUGUUGUUGGGAGUGAAGAAGGUUCUGUAUACACAGCAUGUCGUCAUGGCAGCAAAGCUGGAAUCAGUGAGAUGUUUGAGGGUCAUCAAGGACCAAUCACUGGGAUCCAUUGUCAUGCAGCUGUUGGAGCAGUGGAUUUCUCACAUCUUUUUGUCACUUCAUCAUUUGACUGGACAGUAAAACUUUGGACAACUAAGAAUAACAAGCCUUUGUACUCGUUUGAAGAUAAUUCAGACUACGUCUAUGAUGUCAUGUGGUCACCCACACACCCAGCCCUGUUUGCCUGUGUGGAUGGCAUGGGGAGACUGGAUUUGUGGAAUCUCAAUAAUGACACAGAGGUACCAACUGCCAGCAUUUCUGUGGAGGGAAAUCCUGCUCUCAAUCGUGUACGAUGGACCCAUUCUGGAAGAGAGAUUGCCGUGGGUGAUUCUGAAGGACAGAUUGUUAUAUAUGAUGUGGGAGAGCAGAUUGCUGUGCCCCGGAAUGAUGAAUGGGCACGAUUCGGACGAACACUUGCAGAAAUCAAUGCCAACCGAGCUGAUGCAGAGGAGGAGGCAGCUACCCGAAUACCUGCUUAAGCUCUUGAAAGGAGUCCUGUAACUUUAGUGGGUGGGGCAGACUCCAAGUAGAUCAUAAAAAUACUUGCAUGCUUCUGUUUAAAUGCUAACUAAAAGGAAAUUUCAUGGAUUAAACUGUGGGUUUAAUGCAGCAAGCAAAUCUUACAAUGUCCCUUUUUAUAUAACUUCCUGUUCUUUGAAUUUGUGUCAUUUUUAAUACAGCUGAUUGCCUUUGCAGUGUGAAGCCUUUUCAGAUUCUUAUAUACAGGUGUUUAUUUGGUAUUAGUUCCCUUUUUGAAUUCUUUUCAACUUUUGACACUAUAACUAUUAUUUUUAAAGCAUACACUGAAUAAGUUCUGCAUAUUUUUAAAUAAUCACAAAUCCCUGUUAUACUGAUGUUUCACUAACCAUAAUAUGUAGGAAUGUUGUUUAUUCUUAGCUGUAGCAUGCAUCCAGUUAUCCAGAUUCUGUUCUAAUAUCUUUUUUCUGAUUUGUAAUUCAUGAACUGAUAGCUACCUAUAAAUAAAAACAAAUAUGCUUUAACUUUUAAA